CAUUAAUUUUUUUAUUUAUUUUUUACUUCUUUUGCACAUAACAACAACAUGAGAGAGCCCAACUUGAGCUUUCCUUCACAAAGUAGAGCAGCAGUGUGUAUCACUUCUGCCUUGUAUGAUCGACGAGCACUAGAUUGUACAGCUACUUUACCUCUCGUUAAUUCACUCACUCAUCUUGCGUAUUUAACCUCCACCUCACCACGUAUAAGAGAAAUCUUGUGUCUAGAUGGCGGACUAGAGAGACUUGUACGCAUCUUGUUUCAUACCUCAAAUAGGUCAGAUAGAUUGACUCUUUGGAAAUGGACGCUUGCUUUCCAGAGUAUCGUCAAUGUUGGGGUAAGGGGAACUGAACACAUUCGAACUAAAGUAGUCGAUGCUGGUAUUAUUCCAUUUGUCAUUACUAUCCUAAGCAACUAUUCAAAGACUUUUGAUAUUGUGCACGGAAGAAGAGAGAAAGAUCCUUCACCUACUACUACGACGCCUUCAGCAGCCAGAACAACAUUUACAGCAGCAUCAUCAUCAUCAGUCGCUGAAGUAAAGCCGUCCGCAUCGAUUGCUACGCAAACAUUACGUCGCUCCACCUUUCCUUAUGUAAAGAUUGACCCAGCACAAAGAAGAUAUAAGCGUAUUCAUAAAGAUAUAAAGUUACCAGAGAUGGAAAACGUAUUUCACCGUGAAGAGGAUAUAUUAUUGUGCUUGCAAUUGUUGGCCUAUUUAUCCAAAUAUCCACAUAUUCGUGAUAUAUUCCACACCUCAUUUACAAGGAACGUAUUCAGCGUAGUGGAAAAAUUUUGUCAUCGUCUUCAACCCAAUUCGAUACAAUACUGGGCCGGUGUAAUUAUGAGAAAUGCAUGUCGAAAGGAUGAAACUAAAGGUGGUAUCCGACGCUGCGCCAAUAUGUCUUGUGGAAAGUGGGAGACUCAACCUCGUGAAUUUGCUAAAUGUCGACGCUGUAGAAAAGCCAAAUACUGCUCGAAAUCAUGCCAAUCCAAGGCUUGGGCUGACGGUCAUCGUUGGUGGUGUGUUGAGAAACAUGCAACUAGCGUCAAUGAAGCUGUCACCACUGCUACUGCAAUCACAACUACUGCUGCUCCUGCCAUGACAACCGUUACCAGUAGUAACAAUAUUGAAUCUGAUAAUGCCGAGACUUCCUCAGAAAAUAGACCUAUGCUUAUGGAAAUGGGACUAUAAAUUAAUAUAGUUUCCACUUAUCACACUCCCUUUUCUCACUCCUUUUUUAUCUUUUCUUUAUAUCAAGUAUACCUCCAUUUUUUAUUUUCUUUUUCUUACUUUCUGGCAUCUCAACCCAAAAAACUACACAAGCACACACACUCUCUUUUUUUUUUUAUUCUAGAUUAUAAUAUGCAUUUGUAUCUAUUUUGUUCACUACUACACACCCAUUUAUUGUUAAAAAACAAGCAGCAAAAAAAAAAAAAAAAAAAAAAAAAAAAAAAUCUACAACAAAAAAAA